GUUUUCAGCAGCAGCAUGAUAACAAAACUCUUCAUUUAUGCAACAGAAGAGAGUGAGGAAGUGCUGCAGUCGCCAUGCUGAGCUUUUGGAUUCUAGUUUGGAUUUGUGUCUGCUUCCUGUUCCUCCUAAUUCGGACCCAGAGGCCCAAGAACUUCCCUCCCGGACCUCGGCCCGUCCCCCUAUUUGGGAACCUGUUUCAGUUGAACAUUACCAAUCCUCUAAAAGACUUUGAGAGGUUGGCCGAGCGCUAUGGGAAUGUUUACAGUCUGUACAUUGGAAGAAGACCAGCAGUGAUUCUUACUGGUUUUAAAGCCGUUAAAGAAGCUCUGGUGACCAAGGCUGCAGACUUUUCUGGACGACCACAGAAUCUCCUGGUCAGCGAUGUAACAGAAGGGAAAGGUGUUAUAAUGGUUAACUAUGGUCCUGCGUGGAAGGAGCAUCGGCGAUUCGCCCUCAUGACUCUGAGGAACUUUGGCCUGGGGAAACAGUCUAUGGAGGACAGGAUUCUGAGAGAAACCAAACACAUUGUUGCUCUCUUGGAGAAAAAUGUUGGUGGAUCCAUCAACCCCCAGACCUUGUUCCAUGAUGCUGCCUCAAAUAUCAUAUACCUGGUUUUAUUUGGAAUUCGCUUUGAUUAUGAGGAUAACACCCACAGGGAGUUCAUCCAGUGCUUCACUGAAAAUGCAAAGAUUGCCAAUGGACCCUGGGGGAUGAUAUAUGACACACUGCCGAUCGCCAGAGGCCUGCCCCUCCCUUUCAAGAAGGCUCUCAACAAUGUUGAGAAACUGAAACAUCUUGCAACGCAGAUGAUUAACAAGCACAAGAAAACAAGAGUGCCAGGAGAGCCAAAAAACCUUGUUGACUGCUAUCUGGAUGAAAUUGAUAAGGCGACUGAAGGCUCUUCUUUUUCUGAGGCUCAGCUUUUGAUGUAUGCUCUAGAGCUGCACUUUGCUGGGACUGACACCACCUCCAACACUCUUCUGACAGCGUUCUUCUACCUCACAACACACCCUCACGUCCAAGAAAAAUGUCAGCAGGAGAUUGAUGAGGUUUUGGAGGGUAAAGCCAGUGCAUCUUAUGAGGACAGACACAACAUGCCGUACACCCAGGCUGUGAUCCACGAGUCUCAGCGUAUCGCUAUCACUGUCCCCCUGAGUGUACCCCACUGCACCACCAGAGAUACUGAAGUGAUGGGCUACAGCAUCCCAAAGGAUACUCUCAUCUUCCCAAACCUCGCAUCAGUGCUGAGUGAGGAAGGCCAGUGGAAGUUUCCUCAUGAGUUCAAUCCAGCAAACUUCCUGAAUGAUCAGGGCCAGUUUGAGAAGCCUGAGGCCUUCCUGCCCUUUUCCGCUGGACCCCGUGUGUGUCUUGGUGAAGGUCUGGCUCGCAUGGAGCUCUUCCUCAUCUUGGUCACUCUGCUGCGUCGGUUCCAGUUCUUCUGGCCUGAAAAUGCUGGAGAACCGGACUUCACUCCUGUGUAUGGAAUCACAGUCAGUCCCAAACCUUACAGGAUGGGAAUUAAGCUAAGAGAGCUAGCUAGAGAAGUGUAGAACAUUACUUUUGCUCUUAUUUUGUUAUUAAGCGCAUGUGUUAUCAGCAGAAAUUAGUUCCUAAUUCAUAUUGAUUUAAACUAUGAAGUGUAUGUUGGUCUUCCUUAUUUGACUAUUAUUACUGCUAUUAAACACUGAAAUGCUAUGUCAUUUUAUGUUGCUUUGCCAUGAGCACUUUGGAGCACUUUCUCUCCCCUGAAGUAACAUACUGCUAUGCCAUGACUUUUGGCAUAUCAGUGUAUAUGCCCCAGGGAAUGACCAGCAGCAGAGACGGUUUUCUCUGGAAGUGACCUGUAUCCUAGAAAGUUAUGGCAGAAAUAUUCAGGUCAGGAGGGAUGAUUGAAACCAGAGAGUCAGACUUGAGAGAAUGUCUAUGUGCCAUCUAACAUGUUUUAUACAGGUUUCAAUUAAUAUUUGUAUAUUUUAUAAUGUAAUAAAAUAUUUUCACACAAACAAA